CGUCUGUCCGCGCCCCGUGGAUGCGAAUCGGCCGCGGCGGAGGCGGCGGCGGAGGAGGAGUCGGUGGGCCGGCGCCGGGCCGGUGGGAGCGCGGAGGAUGAGGCCGCUGCCGGGCGCUCCCGGCGUGGCGGCGGCCGCCGCGCUGUUACUGCUGCUGCUGCCCCGGGCCCGGGCGGACGAGCACGAGCACACGUAUCAGGAUAAAGAGGAAGUUGUCUUAUGGAUGAAUACUGUUGGGCCCUACCAUAAUCGCCAAGAGACAUAUAAGUACUUUUCACUUCCAUUCUGUGUGGGGUCAAAAAAAAGUAUCAGUCAUUACCAUGAAACUCUGGGAGAAGCACUUCAAGGAGUUGAAUUGGAAUUUAGUGGUCUGGAUAUUAAAUUCAAAGAUGAUGUGAUGCCAGGCACUUACUGUGAAAUUGACUUAGAUAAAGAAAAGAGAGAUGCAUUUGUGUAUGCUAUCAAAAAUCACUACUGGUACCAGAUGUACAUAGAUGACUUACCAAUAUGGGGUAUAGUUGGUGAAGCAGAUGAAAAUGGAGAAGAUUAUUAUCUUUGGACCUAUAAAAAACUUGAAAUAGGCUUUAAUGGAAAUCGAAUUGUUGAUGUUAAUCUUACUAGUGAAGGAAAGGUGAAACUGGUUCCCAAUACUAAAAUCCAGAUGUCAUAUUCAGUAAAAUGGAAAAAAUCAGAUGUAAAAUUUGAAGAUCGAUUUGACAAAUAUCUUGAUCCAUCCUUUUUUCAACACAGGAUUCACUGGUUUUCAAUUUUCAACUCCUUCAUGAUGGUUAUCUUCUUGGUGGGCUUAGUUUCAAUGAUUUUAAUGAGAACUUUAAGAAAAGAUUAUGCCCGGUAUAGUAAAGAAGAAGAAAUGGAUGACAUGGAUAGAGACCUUGGAGAUGAGUAUGGAUGGAAGCAGGUACAUGGAGAUGUAUUUAGACCAUCAAGUCACCCACUGAUAUUUUCCUCUCUCAUUGGUUCUGGAUGUCAGAUAUUUGCUGUGUCUCUCAUUGUUAUUAUUGUUGCAAUGAUAGAAGAUCUGUAUACAGAGAGGGGGUCAAUGCUCAGUACAGCCAUAUUUGUCUAUGCUGCUACAUCUCCAGUGAAUGGUUAUUUUGGAGGAAGUCUGUAUGCUAGACAAGGAGGAAGGAGAUGGAUAAAGCAGAUGUUCAUUGGUGCAUUCCUCAUCCCAGCUAUGGUGUGUGGCACUGCCUUCUUCAUCAAUUUUAUAGCCAUUUAUUACCAUGCUUCGAGAGCCAUUCCUUUUGGAACAAUGGUGGCUGUUUGUUGCAUCUGUUUUUUUGUUAUCCUUCCUCUAAAUCUUGUUGGUACAAUACUUGGCCGAAAUCUGUCAGGUCAACCCAACUUUCCUUGUCGUGUCAAUGCUGUGCCUCGUCCCAUACCGGAGAAAAAAUGGUUCAUGGAGCCUGCAGUUAUUGUUUGCCUAGGAGGAAUUUUACCUUUUGGCUCAAUCUUUAUUGAAAUGUAUUUCAUCUUCACCUCUUUCUGGGCAUACAAGAUCUAUUAUGUCUAUGGCUUCAUGAUGCUGGUGCUCGUCAUCCUGUGCAUCGUGACUGUCUGUGUGACCAUCGUGUGCACGUACUUUCUACUCAAUGCAGAGGAUUACAGGUGGCAAUGGACAAGUUUUCUCUCUGCUGCAUCCACUGCAAUUUAUGUUUACAUGUAUUCCUUUUACUACUAUUUUUUCAAAACAAAGAUGUAUGGCUUAUUUCAAACAUCAUUUUACUUUGGAUAUAUGGCGGUAUUUAGCACAGCCUUGGGGAUAAUGUGUGGAGCAAUUGGUUACAUGGGAACAAGUGCCUUUGUCCGAAAAAUCUAUACUAAUGUGAAAAUUGACUAAAGACCCAAGAAAGCCUGGAACUUCGGAUCAAUUUCUCUUUCACAGGGGUGGAACUUGCACAGCAAAAAAAAAAAAAAGGCGCAAGAAGAGAUUUGGGCUUUAACACUGGGUACUUUGUGGGUCUCUUUCGUGGAUGGCUUAAAGUAACAUCUAUUUCCAUUGAUCCUAGGUUCUUACUGACUGCUUUCUCCAACUGUUCACAGCAAAUGCUUGGAUUUUAUGCAGUAGGCAUUACUACAGUACAUGGCUAAACUCCCCAAAAACUAGCUCAUUAAAGAUGAAAUAGACCAGCUCUCUUCAGUGAAGAGGACAAAUAGUUUAUUUAAAGCAUUUGUUCCAAUAAAAUAAAUAGAGGGAAACUUGGAUGCUAAAAUUACAUGAAUAGAAAUCUUCCUGGCACUAGUGUUUCUACAAUACUGAAAAAUGAUGUUCCAGAAAGAUUACUUUUUUUCUCUUAUUUUUACUGCCAUCAUCAACCUGUUGUGGGACAUUUUUAUAUAUUGAACCUGGGUUCUUUUUUGACCUGCUUUUUUUCCGCCCCCAAUUCAACUGCAUCCUUUUUUUUUUUUUUAAGAGAAAAUUUUAAAAUAUUAAAUCCUGCAUGUAAUAUAUCUGCUGUCAUCUUAGUUGGACCAACUUCCCAUUUAUUUAUCUUAAAACUAUCCAGUUACAUCUUAAUUCCAUCCAAAGAAGAUACAGUUUGAAGAUAGAGGUGUACUCUCUACAAUGCAAUUUACUGUACAGUUAGAAAGCAAAUUGUUAAAUGGAGAAGAUAUUUGUUUUUAUUAAACAUUUUGAGAUUUAGAUAAACUACAUUUUAACUGAAUGUCUAAAGUGAUUAUCUGCCCCCUCCCCCCAAGUUAGUCUUACAUCUUUUUUGGGUUUGAAUGAAGGUUUUACAUAAGAAAUUAUUAAAAACAAGGGGGGUGGGUAAUAAAUGUAUAUAACAUUAAAUAAUGUAAUGUAGGUGUAGAUUCCCAAAUGCAUUUGGAUGUACAGAUUGACUACGGAGUACUUUUUUCUGAUGAUGAUUGGUGUAGAAAUGUGUGAAUUUGGGUGGCUUUUUACAUCUUGCCUACCAGUGCAUGAAACAUUGGGGUUUCUUCAAAAUGUGUGUGUCAUACUUCUUUUGGGAGGGGGGAUUGUUUUCUUUUGUUUUUCUUCCUGAGACUCCCUACAGGAGCCAAAUUUGUAAUUUAGAAACAUUUAAUUUUGUUAAUCCUGUCUGGGGCACUUAAGUAACAUCUGAAGCAUUACUGCUUUAGAAUGUUAAAAUAAAAUUUCCUGACCAAAUUGUUUUGUGAAAAUACAUGUGUUUGCAAUUUGAAGAUAUCUUUUCAAAAGACAGUAUUACUGAAUGCAGGGGUUUUUUUUAUCAUGCUUUUCUGAUAUAAGGGACCCAUACUUUAAAAUCCCCAAUAUUGCUUUCAUCUAGAUUAUCCAGUGCAGUCACAAAAUGAAUGAGAAGCCCUUUGAAUGAAAUUGUGGCACAAAAUCUGUUCAGGUCAGUGUACUAUGUAAAGUGGGGAUGGGUAAAAGUGGUUAGUGUACUAGAGGAUGAGCAAAUAAAGCUUACAGUUUUCUAAGAGAAGUAAUUUUAAUUUUGAAUACAUCUUUCUGGAACGGUCCAUAAUGUGAAGUUUUCCUAGAACCAUUGAGUUUCUAGUUUAAUAGUUUGCUAUGCAAAUGACCACCUAAAAACUAUACUGUAUAUUGGUGUUUUUAGAAAGACUCAAAACAUUUUAACCUUAAUGUAUUUAAACCUUAACAUGAAGUUCAUGCCACUCAAGAGUUACACAAGGUGUUUUUAUUACAAAAUAUGUUUCUGUAAAUUAAUAGACUCUGCAUCCUUUAAUAUAGCAUUAAAGACUAUAAAGGGUGGCAAGUUUGAUUUCUUACCACUUAAAUAUGACUGACAUGAACAAACAGAAAUUUGAUCAAAAUUUCUUCGUAAAUCGUCUUCUUCAAGCCAAAAUAUUAAGUGUAACCUGCUAGUUCCUUCAUUUUCUGUUUUUUCUCACACCUGCCUUUAAGAUCUAAUAAGAAAACUAAAAGUUAGUACUUAAUGACUGACAUGAACAAACAGAAAUUUGAUCAAAAUUUCUUCGUAAAUCGUCUUCUUCAAGCCAAAAUAUUAAGUGUAACCUGCUAGUUCCUUCAUUUUCUGUUUUUUCUCACACCUGCCUUUAAGAUCUAAUAAGAAAACUAAAAGUUAGUACUUAAUGGCUUAUAUUAUAUAACUUUUAAACUACAUGUAAAAUUCUUACAAGAACAUAGAGUCUAUCUGAUAUAUUGUAAAUUGGGUGGCAAGCUUCUAUCUUUAUAAAAUGAAAUUUGUUUCUCAUGAAUCUUUCAGGUAAGAUACAGGGUUUUUAAAGAAUGAGUGAUUUAGCUGCAUUCAGGUACACCAGUUCUUUUACUAAACUAAUCUGUAUUUGAAAAUCUUUGGAAUCUUCACUGAAAAAUAAUUUUGUAAUAUCCAAAUAUGUGAAGAACUAUUAAAAUGAGUAUAAGUCACCUUGAAAAGUCCUUUAGAAAAUAGGUAUUGGUUUAUGGCUUUGUAGAGGGGCUGGGUUUUGUGUGUGUGUGUGUGUGUGUGUGUGUGUGUGUGUGUGUGUGUGUGUGUGUGUGUCUUGAAGAAGAUGUAAUCCACAAAUAGUUUAGUUCCAUAGCUUUCAGUUGUAGAAUAGCAAAAUAUAUUAUUUAAGUUAAUCAAAGGGUAGGAUUUUUCCACUUCAUAAAUGCUAUUUGUCUUUCAUUUAUUAACAUUUGCUCAACUUAGCAACUGAAGUUUUGAAUAUUCUCACAAACUGGGGAUUUGUAUCUGUAAGCACGCUUCACCUGAAACUUAGCUACACUAGUGACAUUGUUAAUACGUAUACUCUAGUACAAGAGUGGGCUUCCCUGAUGGCUCCGACGAUAAAGAGUCUGCCUACCACGCAGGAGACCUGGGUUUGAUCCCUGGGUAGGGAAGAUCCCCUGGAGGAGGACAUGACAGCCCACUCCAGUAUUUUUGCCUUGGAGAAUCCCAUGGACAGAGGAGCCUGGCAGUGCAAGAGUAGGAUAAGGUGGAAAUGUAGUGACUGGAAAGUUGGGAAAGCAUCCAUCAUGUUGAGCUUCUGGAUUGUAUGGAGUUUGCCCAUAAAUUAAGCCCCAUGCCCUUGGAAUUAAUUACAUUGUGGUGAUUUCUGAACAUAAUGAAUGGUAUGCUUGAGUGUUUUCCAUUGAGAGUGGAUGGAUCCCUUUAUAAAGGUGGUUGCUGCAAACUCCAGUUCUUCCAAAAACCACUUUAUUCAGGGUUAUAUAUCCACAAAUUGUAUUCAUUUUGAUAAAGCUUUUGUUUCCUAAAUGUUUACUGAUCACCAUAUGCCAAAUGUUUUGCAAAUAAAUAUUAGUUGAAGAUUUCCUAAUUUUUUUUUUUUACAAAUGUAAAAAAAUUAGUGCAGUUUGUUCAGGAAGGGCUACAUAUCGAAGGGCUUCUGUGUAGGAAUUUUGAGAAAGAAAAGCCUGUUUGUAAUCUAUACACUGCAGUUUCAUCUGGGUUUUAAGUGUGUCUUAGUGCUUAAUUCUAUUGAUUUAUUGGCACGUAAUUAACAGGAGUAGUGACAUGAAAAUACAAGUAUUCAUGAAUGUUUUAUAUCUUCACAAAAAUUGCAUAGUUAUGAAGCUAUAUUUUAACAAUAUGUUAAGGAGAUCAGAGAAGUGAAAAUUUAGCAAGACUGGAAGUGUGUAUAGAAAUAGACUAGAUUUAGAAGUAAGGUAGAUCAGAAAGUUGACAUAUUGGUGCAGAAAGUUUAUAAGAUUUACAUUCAGUUUGAGGAAUAACUCUUGUUCUGUGAGCAUUUUCUAAAAGCCAUCUGAUUUGACCUCUUUAGAGCUGUAGGCAGACUUGUGCAGACAAAGCAAAAAUUAAGUUCUUGUUUCACUGUUACUAGGAUAUGGAAAUAAGCUGUUGUGAAAAGUGUUCAUCUUGAAGUAUUGGUGAACGGGGCUAAUAAUUGAUAAAGCAGCAUUUUGUGUGCUUGCCCCAGUUCACCAGUUUAGGUCAUUUGAAGGUUGUAAACAUUAAAAGUAAGAGCUUAAGGGAAAGGAGGAAAUAACAUGGCAUUCUAUUUGAAGGACAACAGAGUAUCUUUGGAAAAGCAGUCCCACUUGGGCUUUUUCAGCUGUGUCAGACUUGAACCUAUAAAUCCCCGGAGUAUGGACAAUUGGUGACAGAGUUGGAAGGAAACAGUUACUACUCAGUGAUGACUUCCAUUUUUGUACUCACCCGUGAUUUGUGUAGGCCAUGUUCCAACUGACUUUUUAGUAAUAGAAAUCCAGUGCAGUAUAUAAUGUAUCACGUUUGAAGUUCUAAUCUAGUCUGUUAAUCUAACCGAAGUUGAAUUUUUUAAAAGUAAUAAAAAGUCAAAUGUU